CUCCCCUCCCCACAUGCUCAGUCAGAGACAUUGUGCUGCUGUGUCAGUGACAGUCUGAGAGUUGCAGGGCUAGGAUGUACACCGCUACAGCUGUAGUGCAGCCAUAAAAGCACGUGUGAGGAGUGGCAUUGAGCACAUCACAGGAUUAGAGCGAACCCAGCACUAACACCAUAUCACAAGAGCAUGUCUGUCUCUAUCACAGUAAGUCCUUUGUAUUGUUCUGGAUUAUUUGGACACGUGGAGAUAACAGUCUAACAGCAAAUCUGCGUAUCUGUGAUACAGUCCUGAAUGUGUUGAUUGAUAACUGGAGAUCUAUUAUUGCUCAUAGACUUCUGAUCUAUAGUGGGACAGCUAUUACUGGAGUACUUAUCCAUGCGGGAUGAACAUUAAAGUCACUGAUCAUAUUCAUUUAUGACUCUUACAUCACAUUAGUAGCCUGCGGAAAACCCUCACUUGGACAUCUGUAAUUACUCUUCUGGCAAUGCCUGAGAAAUCUUUGUCUUUACUGAAUGAAUUGAUUACCCUGAACUGAAGACCCCACAAGCCUUAUCUCCUGCCCUCAAUACCUAAUCUACUCAGAACAGGACUUUCAGGAAUGGCUGCAAAUAAGGUUGGGAAGAGACUGAUCAAUAAAACCCAUUCUCCGUCCAGGAGCCGAGAUUCAGGACAAGCCAUACAGCGGAGACAAGCCAGAGUCACGGUGAAGUAUGACCGCAAGGAGCUGCAGAAAAGGCUGGAUGUGGAGAAGUGGAUAGAUGACAGUAUUGAGCAGCUAUACCAGGGCAGGGAGAUGGACAUGCCAGAUGAAGUGAACAUUGAUGAUCUCCUGGACAUGGACACAGAUGAGCAGAGGAGAAGCAGCCUACAGGUCACCCUCCAGUCUUGUACUAACAGCACAGAGGUAUUCAUACGGGAUCUUCUGUUCAAGUUAAAAGGACUUCAGAAACAGACUCUGCUGAGGAAGAACGGACUGGAGGUCAGGACUGAAGAGCAGAUUCAGGAACAUCUGUGACCCCCACAAAAUUGAAAUCUGUAUAUACUGAGGGGCGAAAGUCAGCGUGUAAAGUGUGCUGAGCAUACCUACAAGACCAGCUGGAGAAUUAGAACGACUGUGUGACCCUCAGGACAUUGGCGGUUACUCCCUGUGAUCACCCGUGUUCACGUAUCCAUUUCACUCACUUCAAGACGUUUCCUCAAAAACACUCGUUUUCAUAUUAUAGGCCUGAAGCCUGAGCCAGAGAUGACAUCAUAUUGCAUUAUCUCUUGUUCUUCACUAAAUGGCACAGAAUUGAUGUAUUAUACAGCCAUAUACCAUUGCUAUCCUUAAAAACCACAUACUGAAAUGGAAGGAAAUACAUUCAGAUCCUUUAUGGAAAUAGUUCCCAAAUAUUAUCUGUACCAUGCGUGGGAAUCCAUAUUAUAGACAGAAUCUAUAGCUAGCUUUUUGAAGGGACCUAGUAACAUUGUGGGAUAUUGCAUAAAAAGUUACGGCGGUCAUUCGUCAGCAACCCCGAUUCCCUGAUCUGCUGAUGAUUGCCGAUCCGUUGGGGAAUCUGGGAAAUGAAACCUAUUUAAUGUUCCCAAUUCCGCGACUCAGUUGUCAGGGGAUCGGGACAGUGCAGCAAUGUAUUGCUAAUGUAUGAGGGCUGUUAUUUAGCAAAUUCCUAAUGAUUUGAUAAGCUGCAUGAGUUAGCCCACAAAAUGGCUGCUGCCUCUAUGUGUAAGUGACAGGCCCACCUUAAUAACUUCUGGAUUUUGCCAGUUACUGCCUACAUACAGCAUGGGACAUAAGGUAUACAGCUUAGCUAUGCAGAUGAUCCUGUGGCACCAGGCUAUGGUUUUAUUUGUUUUCAGUGAUUUUAGACCUUGGUGAGAGACGGCUACAGGUCAGCUGGUUUGGAUGAGGACAGCCUUUUAAGUCCUCUCAAGCAUCUGGUCAUAGGUUUGGGAAUUAAAAUCGCCAUCUUCAUCAUAAACUGUGCAGUGUUCCCACUAAGUGGACUUGGAUAUGAAGCAGGCAAGUGCUUACUCUGAAGGUAUGGAUUGGGAAAUUGCCGAUUAGGGCAACCCAGCUGAAACAUACUCUCACCACUACAAGUUCAGUUUUCAGUUUCUAGAUCUCUUAUUUUUGAGCAAAUGUUUGCAAACUGUGAAGCAGACCACUUUGUGGGGACAGGAAAUACACAAAAGUUAUCUAUUAUUAUUGAGCAUCUCAAAAACAUUCAGUUAUCCUCGUUCCUCAGUAAAUGGGCACCAUCGCAUCUAUUUGGCAGACUUGAGCCGCAAACAGCUGUAUCUGAUUUGACCACUCGUGACUCAAUUGGACACUGAUGCAGCCCAACCCCUGGAUCUGCUUGUGUACAGUCUCCCUUGAAGGAUGAGUCUUGUGACACAGAUAUCACAUGAAUAGUGAAGAAAUUAUUAGUAACUGGGAAUCUGUCUUCCUCUCCUGUGCUGCACAACUAGACCCAUCUUUCACUGGCUGUCACUGAGAAUGGCCGCAGGGCUAAAACAUUGGUGAAAAUGUUUUUUUGUUUUUAUAUCCCAUAGAGUGCUUUGUGUGACCCACCCAGUGGCUGAAUGUAGGUAUAGAUAGACAUGAGAAAGAUACCCUGGACUCCAGACAUUCUUGGCUCAUAGUGACCAGUGAGAAAUACAACGGUUUAUGGCAAAAUCCCAUGUACUUAGCUCUUGGAUGGUCUCUCACUUAUAACAUGUUGUACUGCUGGCUAGUUUACUGACGGAACAUUGAGCCCUAUACAAAUAUUUAUACAGGUUUGUUUCUUUGUAAUAUAAGUAUUAACAUGGCUGUUUUACUGUUACUUUACUGUUAAUAAAAUUUUAUUUACCACCUAUG